AUGUCGCGAUUGAAACGACACGAAACGAUCGUGUCAAAGUCAGCUAAACAUCCGUUUCAUUCUCUUACUACUCAGUGGCAUGAUGUAUACCAAAAUAUCAAUUCGAAUGCGAAAGAUAAGGAAGCUAUAACUUGGGUGUUCUGCAUUCUAACUAUGCAGGAUCCAUCUAUGAGCGUCUGGGGUCAUCGAAGGGAAAACUCGACACAUCGCGGUCAAAUUCUGCCGGGAGCACUUAGUUUGCUGAGCAAGUUUUCUGGUGGAAUCCGACCGUUAGUCCAUACUUCAAGCAACACUUUUCGUAGAUCGGCGACAGAUGAAGUCUCAUCCAUUGGGAGUCGACAAAGCUUGACCAGAUGA